UGGCUGGGCAGGCAGAGCUCUGCGGGAGUGGGGUCCGGGGGGAGCCCGACGGGUGGAGCCUGAGGGGCCUCCCCUUUCUCUUUUCCCACGUUUGCAUUUGCUAGAGCCCCGAGGACCCCCCCCCCGCCCCGCUAAGCCCCGGCAGCGGGCGGGCAGCGCCUCCUCGUCGCCAGCGCCGCGGCUGCUCUGGAUGGAGCAGCUGGGAGGAGGAGGAGGAGGAGGAAGCCUGGCGCUGCUGCUGCUGCUGUUGCCGCCGCUCGCUUAGGAGCCGCCUCAGCCGGAGCCAGCCAGCCAGGGAGCCGCCAGUGCCCGCUUCGUCGCCCAGUGCCUCUACCUCCUUCCUGUAUCUCAUCUUCUUUGGUUUUAAACCUCCAGUCCAACCAUGGGGAAGCAGAACAGCAAGCUGCGCCCGGAGAUGCUCCAAGACCUCCGGGAAAACACGGAGUUCUCCGACCUGGAGCUCCAGGAGUGGUACAAAGGCUUCCUCAAGGACUGUCCCACCGGCAUCCUCAAUGUGGAGGAGUUCAAGAAGAUCUAUGCUAACUUCUUCCCUUACGGUGAUGCCUCCAAGUUCGCUGAGCACGUCUUCCGCACCUUCGACACCAACGGUGAUGGCACCAUUGACUUCCGAGAGUUCAUCAUCGCCCUGAGUGUCACUUCACGGGGGAAACUGGAGCAGAAGCUGAUGUGGGCUUUUAGCAUGUACGACCUGGAUGGGAACGGCUACAUCAGCCGGGAGGAGAUGCUGGAGAUUGUGCAGGCCAUCUACAAAAUGGUCUCGUCUGUGAUGAAGAUGCCUGAAGAUGAGUCAACUCCUGAGAAGCGAACGGAGAAAAUCUUCCGACAGAUGGAUACCAAUAAUGAUGGCAAACUGUCCCUGGAAGAGUUCAUCAAGGGCGCAAAGAGUGAUCCUUCCAUUGUGAGGCUGCUGCAGUGUGACCCCAGCAGCGCCUCCCAGUUCUGAGCACCCCCUGCCCUGUCUUCCCUGUGCAGCAGCAGCAGCGGCGGCAGGACAAGGCGGCUUUUGGAAGCGGAGGCGGCACCACCACCACCACCUCACUUGGCUCACGGUCUCUCCCCUCCCCCAAGGAGGUGACCAGCUUCCUAGUUCUCCCCUUGGGGUAACGGACAUGUCCCCAAGGAGGCAAAUGGCACUGCCAACGUAUUUCUGUCUUCUGACUCACAGGUUUCCUCUCUCCCCCUCCCCUGAACACUGUAGUUGUGUGUGAAUGUGACACUGAUGUGGGGGGUGGGGGCUCCUGCGUGGUCAGGACAGUGGCAGCAAGAAGGUGGAGCACACAGGCCAGCUCAUUUCCUGAGGUGUUGGCAUUUGGGUUUUGCAAACUGUUUUCCACACCUGACUGCUGCUUGUGAUGCACUAUAACUGUGACUGCAUGUGUGUGUGUUUGUAUGUCUUUAAUUACAGGAGCAGAAUAUGCUGCCUGGGGUCCAGUUCAGCCUCCUGAGAACCUUGCACUGUCUCUUUCUGUAAAGCAAGCCCUCUAGGAUUUGGGGCUGCCAAGGGAGACUCUUGGGAAACUGAAUGAAAUCUCAGAAGGAAGGAGGAGAUGGCGGGGGGCGGGGAGAUGUUAAAAGAUACGAUGGGACAAUGAGCAGGACUAACAGUGGUCAUUUGCUCAGUACUCUGUGUAGCUGUUGGCUUCUCGACCCUGGCUAGGAGAAUAUAUUACGUAUAAAACAGCCGCUGCCAACCUGGUUCCCACCAGAUGUAUCGGACUACAAUUCCUAUCAGCCCCAGCCAGCACCUGUUGGCUGGAGCUGUUGGGCGUUGUCACCCAAUACAUCUGGCAGGCACCAGGUUGGUACAGGCCAAUGUAAUAUAAGCACAAAUAUACACGUUCACAUCAUUUAGGAGCAUCUCUUUCCAGUAUAGAGCUAGUAUUUUUCACCUACACUACAUGCAAACCCUGGUUGUUGUCUGAUUCACAUGGAGCAGUCUCACACUUUUCAAGGGUGCUUGAACGCAAACAAUCCUGUCUCACUGAAAGGUGCUGGGCCUCGAUGGCCUUCAGGUGCCCGCAGAUCAACAUAUAAAGAACCUGAGAAGGAAUCACACAUUGACAGCAUGUAGGGCAAUUUGUUUAGUUGGUUCAUUCGUAACCCACACCUUCCUUGCGUGUUUGUUUCAGGAAUGGCAGGGCGUCAUCCUUGACCUCUGUUCCAAGCGCCACUGAAAGGAAUAGCCCAAGCCCCCUUCCUUAAGCCUUCCCACAUUUGUUGUCUCAGGGGACACACCUUAGAGCACCUGGUGCAGUCGGGGAGAGCCCCUCCAUUGGACCCUGAAAAGCUGCAAGGGACUCAUCAGGUCUCAAGGCUGCCCAUAGAGGAACAGCUACAGAAGCCAACCCCUCAACAACCAAGGCUAAGCAUUCACAUCCCUUCAGCACUUUCACAUGUCUGUAGUUUAUUUAUUUAUCAGUUUUAUUUAUAUCCCAUCUCCCUCUCUGAAGGAUGUCCAAGGCAGUCAGGUAUCAACAUAAAAACACAACAAUAUCCAGUGUACAAUAAUAAUAAUAAGAAGAAGAAACCCCAGAGUCAUACAACUCCAAUGCCGACCCCCGUCCAAUGGCCUGGGCAGAUAAAAACGUCUUCAAUUUCCUCUUGAGCACAACCAGUUAAUCCUUCACCACCAUCCUUGUAAGGUAGGCCAAUCAUUUCAUUCCCUGUAUUAGAUUGAAGGCUGUGAGAGAGCAAUGACUCCAUUAAGACCAACGAAUGGGUGUGAGAUUUGACCCAGGGUAUCCAUAUGCUCAGUUGGUUAAGAGCCUGGUGCUGAUAAUGCCAAGGUUGCAGGUUCAAUCCCUGUUUGGGACAGUUGCAUAUUCCUGCAUUGCAAGGGGUUGGACUAGAUGGACCUCAAGAUUCCCUUCCAACUAUACAAUUUGAUACACAUGGAUGGCUCAGAUUCAGCUGGCACUAAUAAGAGAGUAUUGAGGCUUCAAUAAACAGACACGUUGUCCAUGU